AUGGAGGAGGCGAAGCGGGACCGAGGUGUCCUUGUCAAUGCUUGCUGCCCUGGCUGGGUGAAGACAGACAUGACCAGAGGCGGUGGAGCUAAAACGCCAGAUCAGGGCGCUCAAACGCCCGUCAUGUUGGCCCUCCACGAUAUCGGCGGCAAGACUGGUGGCUUCUGGCAGAAUGAAAAGGAGAUUGAGUGGUGA